UGACUUUUUGAUGGCGGCGAGCAUGCGUUUUCAUUAUUGAAAGACAAUUUUAAAGUAAAGAUCAGAAAUGACGACUUUCACAAACCCGUCUCAACUUUUGCCACUCGAACUGGUGGACAAAUGUAUAGGACACAGAAUUCAUAUCAUCAUGAAAAAUGACAAAGAAAUUGUUGGAACGCUUUUGGGCUUUGAUGAUUUUGUCAAUAUGGUAUUGGAAGAUGUUACAGAAUUUGAAAGCACACCAGAAGGCAGACGGGUUACCAGGUUAGACCAGAUUUUGUUAAACGGCAACAACAUAACAAUGUUGGUGCCAGGUGGAGAAGGUCCUGAAGUGUGAUCACAUUACUUUAUCUACACAUACAACCAUUUUUCACCAUCAUCAUUGAAGAGCAGACCAGGGGAGAGAACUCUGAAUGAUGUCCAUGUUUUUUGUUUGUCACACUGAUGGAUUUUUAUUGUUUUUUUUUUGUU